GAGGAGGCGGAGGUCGGCGCUCCGGUCCGUCUCUGCCCGGGGCUGUGGCGGCGCCGGCGGCUCCAGCCUUAGCGGUUCCUCCCUGGGCGGCGGCGGCCGCAGCUCGGUCGACGCCUCCUCCGCCAGCUGAGCCCGCGGCAGUCCGGGACGCCGCUUCCCCGCCCAUCCCCGGUCCCCGAGGCCGCCUCCUGGCCAUGGCGCAGCCGGGCCCGGCACCCCAGCCUGACGUUUCUCUUCAGCAACGGGUAGCAGAAUUGGAAAAAAUUAAUGCAGAAUUUUUACGUGCACAGCAGCAGCUUGAGCAAGAAUUUAAUCAAAAGAGAGCAAAAUUUAAGGAGCUGUAUUUGGCUAAAGAGGAGGAUCUGAAGAGGCAAAAUGCAGUAUUGCAAGCGGCACAGGAUGAUUUGGGUCACCUUCGGACACAGCUGUGGGAGGCUCAGGCAGAGAUGGAGAACAUUAAGGCAAUUGCCACAGUCUCUGAGAAUACUAAGCAAGAAGCUAUAGAUGAAGUUAAAAGGCAGUGGAGAGAAGAAGUUGCUUCACUUCAGGCUGUAAUGAAAGAGACGGUUCGUGACUACGAGCAUCAGUUUCAUCUGAGGCUGGAGCAGGAGCGAGCACAGUGGGCACAGUAUCGAGAAUCUGCAGAGCGGGAAAUAGCUGAUUUAAGACGAAGGUUGUCUGAAGGUCAAGAGGAAGAAAAUUUAGAAAAUGAAAUGAAAAAGGCCCAAGAAGAUGCUGAAAAGCUUCGCUCUGUCGUGAUGCCCAUGGAGAAGGAAAUUGCAGCUUUGAAAGAUAAACUGACAGAAGCUGAAGAGAAGAUUAAAGAGCUGGAGGCCUCAAAGGUUAAGGAGCUGAAUCAUUAUCUGGAGGCCGAGAAGUCUUGUAGGACUGAUCUGGAGAUGUAUGUAGCUGUUUUGAACACUCAGAAAUCUGUUCUACAGGAAGAUGCUGAGAAAUUGAGGAAAGAAUUGCAUGAAGUUUGCCAUCUCCUGGAGCAAGAACGACAACAACAUAACCAGUUAAAACACACGUGGCAGAAGGCCAAUGACCAGUUUCUGGAGUCCCAGCGUUUGCUGAUGAGAGACAUGCAGCGGAUGGAGAUCGUGCUGACUUCCGAACAGCUCCGACAAGUUGAAGAACUGAAGAAGAAAGAUCAGGAGGAGGAUGAACAACAAAGGCUUAAUAAGAGAAAAGAUAACAAAAAAACAGAUAUUGAAGAAGAAGUAAAAAUACCAGUAGUAUGUGCUUUAACUCAAGAAGAAUCUUCAACACCCUUAUCAAAUGAAGAGGAGCAUUUAGACAGCACCCAUGGGUCAGUUCAUUCCUUAGAUGCAGACUUGCUGUUACCAUCUGGAGAUCCAUUCAGUAAAUCGGACAACGACAUGUUUAAAGAUGGACUCCGGAGAGCUCAGUCUACAGACAGCUUGGGAACCUCAAGCUCAUUGCAAUCAAAAGCAUUAGGCUAUAACUACAAAGCAAAGUCUGCUGGAAACUUGGAUGAGUCGGAUUUUGGACCACUGGUUGGAGCAGAUUCUGUGUCUGAGAACUUUGAUACUGUGUCGCUUGGGUCACUGCAGAUGCCAAGUGGAUUUAUGUUAACCAAAGAUCAAGAAAGAGCAAUUAAGGCAAUGACACCUGAACAGGAGGAAACAGCAUCCCUCCUCUCUAGUGUCACCCAGGGUAUGGAGAGUGCAUAUGUAUCUCCUAGUGGUUACCGCUUAGUGAGUGAGACUGAAUGGAAUCUUCUGCAGAAAGAGGUACAUAAUGCUGGAAAUAAGCUUGGUAGACGUUGUGAUAUGUGUUCCAAUUAUGAAAAACAGUUACAAGGAAUUCAGAUUCAGGAAGCUGAAACAAGAGACCAGGUGAAGAAACUGCAGGUAAUGCUAAGGCAAGCUAAUGACCAGCUAGAGAAGACGAUGAAAGAGAAACAGGAGCUAGAGGACUUUAUCAAGCAGAGCACUGAGGACUCAAGCCACCAGAUAUCUGCACUUGUCCUAAGAGCUCAAGCUUCCGAGGUCUUACUUGAAGAGUUACAACAGAGCUUUUGUCAAGCAAAGAGGGAUGUUCAGGAACAGAUGGCGGUGCUGAUGCAGUCCCGUGAACAGGUUUCAGAAGAGCUGGUGAGGUUACAGAAAGACAAUGACAGCCUCCAGGGAAAGCAUAGCUUACAUGUAUCAUUACAGCUAGCAGAAAACUUCAUUCUCCCAGAUACUGUGGAGGUGCUCCGGGAACUGGUGUUAAAAUAUCGUGAGAACAUCGUUCAUGUGCGGACUGCAGCAGACCACAUGGAAGAGAAGCUGAAGGCUGAGAUACUUUUCCUGAAAGAGCAGAUUCAAGCAGAACAGUGUUUAAAGGAAAACCUUGAAGAGACUCUACAGCUGGAAAUAGAAAACUGCAAGGAGGAAAUAGCUUCCAUUUCUAGUCUAAAAGCUGAAUUAGAAAGAAUAAAAGUUGAAAAGGGACAGUUGGAAUCUACAUUAAGAGAGAAGUCGCAACAACUUGAGAGUCUCCAAGAAAUAAAGGUUAAUUUAGAGGAACAGUUAAAGAAAGAAACUGCUGCUAAGGCUGCUGUUGAACAGCUCAUGUUUGAAGAGAAGAACAAAGCCCAGAGGUUACAGACAGAAUUAGAUGUCAGUGAACAAGUCCAGAGAGAUUUUGUAAAACUUUCUCAGACUCUUCAGGUGCAGUUAGAGAGGAUCCGGCAAGCAGACUCCUUGGAGAGAAUCCGGGCAAUUCUGAAUGAUACCAAAUUGACAGACAUUAACCAGCUCCCUGAGACAUGACACCCUGGUAGCAGGAUUCUAACCUGCACUUUGGGUUUUUAACUCAUCUUUAGAAUAACAUUAAUUAUUAUUUAACUCUUAAUGGAAGAUGUCACAGCAAAAGGACGACUGGAGAAAUGCAAGUCUGGAGGGAGAAGGCUGCUGUACGCAGGGACAGCCAGCAGAUGUUUCAAGGGAACACUAAUGGGACACCGGACUUGAUUCCAGCAGGUGUGGGAUCAGACUUGGUGCCAGAAAAGUGCGGUUUCCUUGCCUGCUUUCUCCAGAUCGGAUUCUGGAACACAUCUCCUGACAUGAAAGCAACUUCCCUAGUGUUUGGAAUUACGUUUCUGUUCAUACAAACUGGGAGAGAGAAGUUUCUUUUUUCUGUUGUCUAGGGCUCAUCAGUAGCAGUGUUCAGCUAGCAGAGAAGUGUAGUGUGCUGUAUGAGUAUUUUAUAUUAAAAUAUGAAGUGUGAGAGCAGGCCAUUGGCUAUUGACUGUAUUUCCCUCGCUCAGUGCAUUUUUUUUUUUAACCAUUUUAUUUUCUAUUGGAGGACCUUAAAUGCUACUGAAACUUGCCUGAGAACUAUAGGACCAUGGCAAACAAAAAAGCAAUUCAACAAAAUUAGGAGAAUCUGAAUACUUGGCUAAGGCCAUAUAUAUUGGAAGUUGAAUUGAAGGAAAAAAGCACAAGAAACUUUGGAAGCACUUUUUCUGCACACCGGGAUGAACCUCCUGGGCCCACAGGUACCAUGGCAAAGGAGAACUGGCACCACCUUCCCUUUCGAAGUGUUUUAGUUACUGGAUCAGUGGAAAAAAUAAUAUUAAUAAAACAAGCUAUCUCUGACAUCUAGUACACAUGUAUAAAUCUGCUUAUUUUCAGCUUGCCUCAGAGGCAUACUAUUUAAAGUGUCCCAUAUAGAAUGGUGAUGGUUUACAGAUCUGUGUUUUUGUUUUACAGUUUAGACCUACAGUAUAAGUGACCAUGCUAACAGUUGAGCUGAGGAAACUUAUUAGUUUAGAAUCUGCUUCAUUCUUUUCUAAGAGUUGAGAUUCCUUUCCUAUGUGGAGAAGCAGCCAGUGGAUAGCUGUAUGAAAUGGUGCGGAAAUCAGAAGUGUGCUCAUUUACUGCGUACCAGCCGCAGACCACCCUGAGAGCAGCCAUGGACAGCUAGCUAUACUAUUAACUCAUGCCUUUGAAAGGCACAGUGUUUUCAAGUCAUGCUUGUGAGUGGUGUUGGCUUACAGCUGGUACCCAAAGGAACACCAUGGAAAUGAGUGAACUAGACUUUUCAGGCUUACCUACCAUCAAUUCAUAACAAAUGGACUUUGUAGUGAGUCAUAAAUUUGCCCUCAAGGUCUUUGUUAUUUUCUUUCAUAAGACAGAUAAGGCCUCUAUUACCCCAUCCCAUAGGUUAUUUUUUAUAAUCUUGUGUUCAUGAUUAUGAAUUUAAAAGUAAAUAUGAAUUGCAGAAAUAGUGCUAAAGGCUUGCCAAUGCAUGGAAACAUUAAUUGGCUUAAAGUCCCCUUGUAUACAGUACUACUUGGUUUAAAAGAAACAUAGUAUCCUCAUUGAGUUAAAGGGAUUUUAUUAAUUAUAAUGUGAUUAAAUUAGAUUUGAGACUAGUCCUUGGGCUCCAAGCUAAUUUGUUUUGGAUCACUGUCAGCCACAGUGAAUGGGUAAUUAUCAUCAUUCUGAACUGUCACUCCACGUGAGCUGUUCUGCUGAGACCAAGCAUCUUACAGACACUUUUCUCCAGAAGCUGGGGAUUGAGCAAUAAAGACAUCACGAUUAGGGGAUUGUUUAUACAGUCUGUACUUGUGGCAAAUGCAAACUGCUGGGAUCCUCUAGAAACACAUUCUAGAGGAACAGAAACUAAAAUGCUAGUUUUUAACAACCUGUCUGUGGUAUGAAAUAAACUGCUGCUACACCACCAGGUAGGAAACUGUUCUUUAAACUAUGUUCUCUGCAUAAGUAAGAUCUUGUUUAGAAUGUGGGAUUCACCCUGAGAGGAGAGAUUAGUCUGGUUUCAUACAUGUUCCAGUGCUGCAUUCAGUCUGUGCAGACCUGUUCUCUUGCAUGUCUAACCUGGCUUACCAAUAACUGUAACUUAUCAUGUGGCUUUUGAUUGUCAGUCACUCGGUUGUUUCUAGGCAGGUACCAUACUUACCUUUCAGAACUCAAACUGGCAGGUAUGAAAAGAAGACCUAAAGCCGAGGACAGAAUACCCAUGGCAGAACACACUGUUCCUUCUCCUUUAGGUGCUAGAACACCGAGUAGACAUAGUCAUAGGCAAACUGAGCUCUGAGAGGUAAGGAUGUCUGUGAGGAAAUGAGCCAGCAGAGGACUCUGCAACUGUCUGCUCUGCUCUGUUCUGCUCUGAGCAGACCACAGGUGUGUCUGUGUUAACUGGACUGAAGGCAUGUCCUUAAGAAAGUUGUUCACAUUAAAAGAGCUGAUGCUGAGGAGACUGUGUGGCCUUUUCCUUUGCAUCCUAGGGCUCUAGCUCCCUUCGGAGGUAGUUUUGGUGCUACCACUUAAGAUGCAGAGCUUAAUCUUCAGAUACAGACCUGGCAGUGUGCAGGUGAAGCCUGUGUCCCAGAAUUUUGAAAAAUAAAUCAUAAACAUUAAUUAUAAUGCAAAGUCAAAUUCUGAAUAAAAAUUUAUUCAAAUAUUACAAAACAAAAGGCAUAACAAAAGAAUAACCACAGCAAAGUUUAUCCAAAAUGCUUCUUUAUAAAUUAGAUAGUGCUACCUGUUUGUUUGACAGCACGGGUUUGUAAGCCUGCAGUUGUGUUCACUUCAGGUGGUGUCAGAAGUUGACGUGAUUUCGGAUAUCAUUGAUUUGCUUCACCAUUUCCCUUAUGUGUUCACCCCUGCAAAAUCAUCAAAUAACUCACUUAAAACAAAUGAAUGAGCCAUUAGUACUGAGUUGUAUGAUUUUUUUUUUCCCCACCCCCAGCUCUGAGUCAGAAUCUGUGUAGCCCUGGUUAUCCUGGAACUUGCUCUGUAAACCAGGCUGACCUCAAACUCAGAGAUGUGUCUGCCUCUGCCUCCUGAGUGCAGGGAUUAAAGUCGUGUGGCACCAUGUGCAGGAGUCUAAGAAUUUAAACUCUCAGUGUUGCAAUAGACUUAAGAAUGGCUUUCUUAAUACUGAAUAGCUUGAAAGGGUUUCAGGUGGACAGCAGUGGUUGUCUGUGUGGUGUUGGGGACUAAACCCAAGGCAUCACACAUUAGACAGAUGCUGUGCCACUGAGCUAUAGUAUAGCCCCAGGAACACUGCUAACCACAUUCCCGAGACCCCGUACUUUUCAUUACACAACAAAACUGUAUUACAGGAGAGCCACUGUUUUUCAUCCCACCAUAUUCAUUGAAGCCUCGGUCUCUCUAUCAUGCCCCCAUUCUGCAGGCAGAUCUCAGAUCAGGAUUCUUAUCCAGGCAGAUAGGAGGCAGCUUUUGGUAUACUGCCAAGGAAAAAUGGUCUCAUGCCAGUAGCUCACUGGAAAACAUCAACUUACUCUUCCUUCAGGAUGGACUGAAUGCACUUUCGCUGGUAGGCACUGAGAGUAAUGGUGGGUUUCUGAGGACUCAGCACUUUUUCCAUCUUUCGCUGUUGAUAAUCUUUUUUCAUAGUAACCUCAAGUAUCAAACAGAACAUAGAUAUUUUGACUAUGGUUUGCCACACAUUUUUACAGUAAUUAUUUUACUGUUCACAUUUUACAGAGAUAUAUUAGCCACCCUGCACCCAUUCUUACCUGUUUGAUGGCAUUGCCCAGAUGUCGUAGUUGAUCAGGUAUCAGCUGUAACUCUUUUUUCAUGUCUCUCUCACUGUCAGAGAGAACUGGGAGCUGAGUAUGGAAACUGUGAAGCACUUUUUUCAUCCUUAAGAAAAAGGAAAUGUGGGUUAAGACUGCAAAUUAUAACAGAAACAGAGUUUGUAAUUCAAGAAUUUGGUGUCUGAGGAGCUGGGGCACAGAGGAGUUAGGGGACAGUGGUCUUUCCUGACACUUCAAGGGCUGCAGUUCUGCUCUGUAGGCGUGUGGACACUGGCAGUACCCAACACUUAGUACCAUCACUGAUCCUGAGCAGAGGGGACUGGAGGAUGCGUCAUGGUGUACCUACCUGUUCAUGAUGUCUUCUUGUUUUUCUUUGGCUUCCUCAUACUUGUCAGCUAAGCGCUCGGCCAUCUCCCGUAGACUUUUCCUGGAGGAAUGAAAAUCUCUUGGGGUCCAUCUGAUGUGGCACAGCAUCCUGAGUGAGAUGCAUUCCACUAUUCCUCACUCUUUUCUCCUCUUUGGUUUUGACACCUACCUCUCCUCUCGACAGUAAUUGAGAUCUUCUAGUUGUUUCCUCUUUUGGUCACAUAAUAAUUUGACCCUUCAAAAAAAAGUAGUAGUUAAAGGUUAAUGGAAAGCCAGGCUUCCACAGGUGAUUACACUGAGCCAACCCCUAGCAAGGACCCGUGGCUGUUCAACACAGGACACUGUACCUCCGCUGAAUCUCUUCCUUGGCCAGGUCCUGCUUGAGAAUGUACUGUUCUCUGAAUACCUGGGUGGCUCUGCUGAUAAGCUGAAGACACUCCUCGGGAGGGGGAGCCAGAUCCUUUUCAGAUGACCUUUAGAACAGUUUCUGUCAUUAUUCUCGCUAGCCAGAUAAAAUAACCAAACAGACAAAUCCUAGCUACGUUUUUUGUUGUUCCUGUUUUGGUUUUUUGAGACGGUUUCUCUAUGUAACAGCCUUGGCUGUCCUGGAACUAGCUUUGUAGACCAGGUUGGCCUCACAGAGAUCUUGAGUGCUGGGAUUAAAGGCGUGAGCUACCACACCUGGCAAUCAAGCCCUAGCCAAUUUAUCACCCCCGUUUAGCACUUUUCAGGUGCCGCUUCUGACUAGCUGAUGAGAUGUGGCUAUGUCCUCUCCCACUGCACCACAGUAAGGACAGAAAAGGCCAAAAGCAAGGAUGAACACUUGGUAGCAAGCACACAAAGCCCUAGGUCCAAUCCCCACUUUAAAGAAAAAGCCCAUUCUUAAAACUCGAAUGUCCCAAAUCCCAUACUUAAGAAAUGCUGGGUUGGCGGCACUACGUUGCAAGAUGCUUUUAAUGUGCUUCUCAAAGGAGUCUGGGGUUUCGGCCAGGAUGCGCAGCGGAGACUCUGCCACUUCAGCAUCUUCUCGGGUACACAGCAGGGGAGGAGAUGCUGGGUGGACUGUACUU